AGUUCAGUAUCAUCUUCACAACCCUUCGAAUUCUUGGUUCAGCCUCCUCGUCUCUUCGUCGAUUGCCGCAGUGUACAUAUGAAAGUUGUGGUGUAUGCAUCGGUUCAACAAUUUAAUUCAUAAAGUAUAGCACCUGGUCAGAUAAUCACGAUAUGGUUUUUAGUUUUUGACAAACUGUUUUGUGUAUUACUACAUGUUGCUCUUCAUGGUGAAGUUCUCAAAGAUCAAAUUAAAUAACCGGUAAAUGCACUUCCAAGAUUUUACCGACGCUUUCUAUAUUUGGAAAUUGAAUCGAAUGUUUCUGAUUAUGUAAAAAAUCAACCAAUUUUCCAUUAGAAUGAAGACAAUAAUCGAGAAAGAAAAUUGGUUUCGUUUAAUACUUACUGCCACGUUUCUAAUGAUAUGCGUUGUUGCAGAAAAGCGGAAAAGACAAAUAUUUAGAGAACAAGUCUUACCAGCAUUAGGAGGUAAAAUUCCAGAAGAAGCUUUUAGGACUGAUCGUUUAGCGUUAAAUCGAUUAAACAAAGAAGGUAUUACAGUACCUGAUGGAGUAGUCUUGGAUGCCCGAAGUGUGCAUAAACAUACUCAGCAUGUUCAAACGAUGCCAGAAGUAAUAAAGGUGUACCUGACACCGGAUGGACGAUACGUUCCACCCGAAGGCAGAUUUCAUUACAACCGUGCGAAAGCGAUUGACACGACUUACGUUAUUCGUACGCCAUACUCGCGAUUUAAUGGUCACGAGUACACGAACAAUCGCUUUAACAAGCAUCGGGAUUUUUCCAAAUCACAAACUUAUACGAGCUUCAGACAAUUUGUACCUAUAGUACCACCAUUGAAACCUGGAAUUUAUAAACCUAUCGUAACACCAUUGGUACUUCCUGCUGAUGCCAAUUUAUUAGAAGAAACUUUUACACCAACUUGGAAUAUUCGCUACGAAUGGGAUUCUAUUUACCAACCAUUCGACGAUUAUAUUCUCAACAACAUAGCGCUUUUCAACUCUCACCAGAUCAUUGCUGAUUAUCAGGGAUUUUUGAAUAAGUUUCACGAGCGAUCUUCGAGACACGUCGGAUCUCAUCCUGCAAAUAGAAACCAAAACUUUUCUCCUCGCAUUCGAAAGCAGGAAUUGCAAAACAUCGAAAUAAAUCCGAAAGCAACAUCGUACCAAAAUGUCAAGCUGAACACCGACGAUACAAUUUCUCGGUAUACGAAUCUUACCAAAAUUCCAGAAACUGGUUUCACGUGCAAUGGUAGGAGAGGCAUGUUUGCCGAUGUUGAAACUAAGUGUCAAGUUUUCCACAACUGCUCCGGUUGGUCGAAAACUUCUUCGCUUUGUCCAUCGGGAACAGCAUUUAGUAACGUAAAGAAACGUUGUGAAUGGUGGAAUACAGUAGAGUGUAAAUAAUUCAUUUAAUUUUAUCGAAAUUUCAAUAACCUUAGAAUAGUAAUAGAUAUAAAUGAAUUAAAAGUAAUGAUAACUUAGAUAUCCAUUAUAAAUCGUUAUAAUUAGACUGUGGAUUUUUACGCAUUUAUGAGAAAUUUAAGGAGCGCCGAAAUGCACAGAGUGCACAUAAUACGCAAAAAUAUAUGAAACGUCGAAAAUAUAGCACUUACGAUAAUACCUAGUAGCUGAAACAAAUUUCUACUUUCCAACGGCUUUCAUAAAAAUAUAUAUAUUUGCAUAAAUAUCCGCAGUCCGGUUAUGAUUAAUAUGCGAAACUAAUGCGAUGAACAAAAUGUAGAUAUACCAUCUCUAUUACAAACGUCCAAAUUAUGGUCACUGUUACAUAGAAUGAGAAAAUAUAAGAACAGUUUAAGAAUGUACAUGUUACGGUAAACGAAAAAUUCUUUUAAAAUCAUCUUCAAAGUAUUCUCGAUAUUACCAUAGUUCUUUUUUACAUGUAUAUUACCAUUCACUUUUUAAAAAUACAGUGUCCUAGUUGACGUCAAAACGAGUUUACUGAUCUACAACCUACGAUAUCACGAUAUGGAAAUAAUAGUAUAAGAUGCGCAAAAAAAUAUGUAUAGUUUAGAAUACAUUAAUUAUUUAGAUUAAUUCAAGCUGAAUCGUCAUCUGCUCAGAGCAGUCAUUCGUAUCAUAUUCUGUACUUGUUUUUUAUUAUUUUUCGAAAACUUUAAUACCGAAUGUGGCGAAACGUUAACCGAGAGUGAAAUAAAAACAAUUGUAAUAUUAAUUACAUACGACAACGUUUUACAUAAUUAUAGGAAAAUAAUUUACAAUCUACUAAGAAUCCUGGAAACAUAUGUAUGAUGUAACAAAGAACACUGGCGGACCUAAAGCGAUAAUUACUCGUUACAAAUUUUGGAAGAUGUUUACUUCACCGUUUUCUCGUUUGCAUUAGAAAAAUCUCUAUAGUAAAAUACAAGAAAACGUCGCAUAGCCAUAAUAAUUAUAUUUAUGAGAAACAUUUUUCUACUAAAGGCUGUAAAUCGUGUAGCAGAGAUUUAGCAAUUCUUUGUACAACUGGCACGUUUUAAAUUAUAUUUAGGAUAUAGAUUAGAAAUUUUAAUACACGACGAUUCUCAUA